GCGGUGCCAAACCGGGUUAUUUCUCCAGUGUGGAUGAGACUGCCAGUAUUUAUGGCUUGUGUGUGAAGGCCUUGGCCGCCGUGUGCGGAGAAGAAGCCGGUGGAGCUUGGCUUCAACGCCUGCAGAUGGCGCCGCUGCUUUCAGGAGCAGCCUGGGCUCUCACAGACCUCAAACCCGCGAAAGGGCCGCUGUUGCCGUAUAGCUACUGCUCCCCACCGCCACCAAGGGACCCGGAAGCCCUUCCGGCUCUCAGGCUGGGCCCACGUGACGUCAUCAGCCUGCGACGGAGGCGUCGGGUCGGGUCGGGUCGGGUGGCCGGAAGUUCUUGGCUAAGCAUCGCCGGGGGAGAGAGGGAGGCGGCCAUGGUGGUGUUCGGGUUGACUGUCGUGAGGCAUGGGGAAACAAAGUACAACAAAGAAAAGAUACUGCAAGGGCAGGGUGUAGAUGAACCUCUUUCUGAGACUGGCUUCAGACAAGCCAGUGCUGCUGGCACAUAUCUCAGUAAUAUAAGAUUUACCCAUGUCUUCUCCAGUGAUUUGCUUCGAGCAAAGCAGACUACAGACUCAAUUCUUAGAAAGAAUCAGUUCAGCAAAGAAAUUUCUGUAAACUACGAUGCAAGACUUCGAGAACGUAAAUAUGGAGUAGCAGAAGGGAAAUCUCUAAGUAAUCUCAAGGCUAUGGCAAAAGCUGUUGGGGAGCAGUGUCCAUCUUAUACCCCUCCUGGAGGAGAAACACUAGAUGAAGUAAAAGCUCGUUGCAAAGAUUUUUUUGAAUACCUUUGCUACUUUAUUUCCCAUGAAACAUGUCUGGAAAAGCAAUUUUCUCCAAGCACAGAAAGAAAUGACACAGAACUGGCAGGAGGAAGUUCUACUGCUUCAUUAACAAACUGCUACAGCAGGCUGGAGUUUCAUUCUGAUUGUAUUCAAGCUAAUGAAGUACUGGAUGCCAACAUAUUGGUUGUAAGUCAUGGUGCAUACAUGAGAAAUUGGAUUGGCUAUUUUAUUUCAAAUUUAGAGUGCACUUUACCAGCUACUGUGACAAAGACUGACCUUUCUUCUGUUAGCCCCAAUACUGGAAUUAGUCAGUUCAUUAUAAAAUUGGAGAUGAGAAAGGACAUGAAACCUCAGAUUCACUGUAUUUGUCUUAACAGAGAAGAUCAUUUAGCUAGCCUUUCCCAUGAAAACAUGUAGUUUUAAAACAUUAAUAUGCAAAGUAUAUUUAUGCAAUGUGUGAAGACAUGUUUUAUUUUAAAUUAUUGUAGUAGUAUGGCCUGUUUUGCUUUAGAGGACAUUUUCUUUGGGAGAAAAAAAUGGAGUAAAUUUGCAUUCUGUUUGGAAAGCUGCCUUCUACAAUUUAUUAUUGGAAGAUGCCCUAUAAUACCGCAGAGGUUAAUUAUUUCCCCACUGUAAUUAUCAUGGCUUUUUAGUGAGUACUGCAUUAUUAAACUAUUAUAUUGGUGUGCAAAUAAAA